AUGACGACAACAGGUAGCUGGAUUAUGACAGACGUCCCGCCGCCCUUGAAUGCACUAGUUGCUGCUGCUCGUCAGCAGCAGCACCACCUCCCUCUGUCGACUCAACCUUUCGCCGUCCCUCCCACAGUUUCGCGCCGACAAACACAACCGCCCAUCGACGACGGUGUCGAAGAGGACGAUGGAGAGAUCAUCUGUAUUUGCGGCAUGCGUCACGACGACGGCUUCUCGGUGCAAUGCGAAACCUGCAAUAACUGGCAACACAUGAUCUGCUACUAUCCUACCGAGGCAGAUCGUCCUGGUGAGCACCAAAAACACUAUUGUUUCGACUGUCAACCGCGAUGGCUCGAUGCAGACCAAGCCAAAGAGAGACAGAAAAAACAAAUACAGCGACAAGCUCUUGACUCGCGACGACCCGGCCCGAAACAUCGUAAAAAGCAGAAGGAGUCACCAGCUGCUGUCAAUGGUUCCCUGCUACAAGGUCGCGACCGCAAGAGUGCCAGUCCGCGCGACCAACCACCUCCCGCUAAACGCCCAAAGACAGGUCACCGCCCCUCUGCAGCUGCCAACCAUGCUCCGAACAGUCGCAAGAGAAACGGUACAAUAACGGCAGCUCGCAGUCCGUCACCAGACCCGUCGAGACCCAUCAUACCUUGGUACUCAGAAGAAUUCCUCCGGUUAUACUCUCAAGUCUCUUCGCACGUUGAAACAGAAACAAACCUCAUGAACAACAUUGCCGUUACAAACUCAUUAUCUGAAUGGCUGAAAAAUCCUGUCGUUGUCGAGAAAGACACGAACGGUCUCAGUCAGAACGACAUCUUCCUCCGCUGGGAUGGACCCUUCGAAGACAUGCCUGGUCGACCUGAGGUUGCCUUGCACUGGGAAGCAGAUUCAAAUUUCACCGAUCAGGCUGAGCCUCCGAAAUGGCCCUGCCUGACUGUUGAACAGGACAUAUCAAAGCGUACCUUCAUUGGCGAGCUUCGUGGACACAUCGGGUACAAGGAGGAAUACAUGAACGACCCUGAAAGUCGUUGGUCGUCGUUGCGCCAUGCCGAACCCUUCGUCUUUNUCCAUCCUCAACUUCCCAUCUACAUCGACGCUCGCCAAGAGGGUACCAUGUUCCGCUAUGUUCGCCGCAGCUGCCGACCAAACACCGAGAUUCAGACCAUCAUCACCGAUGGUACCAACUACCACUUCUGUUUCAUGGCUACCCAAGAUCUUCAGUCUGGCGAGGAGAUCACCGUCGCUUGGCAGACAGAUGACACUAUCAAGGCAAUGUAUGCCGAGAGAGGUGUUGUGCACGGCGACGUGCCUGCUGACAUCAAAUAUGCUAUUGCCAUGUGGGUGUCCAACGUACUCGCCAAUUGCGGUCCUUGCGCGUGCAACGGCGAAGGCUGUCUGAUGGCAAGGUUCGAUCGACGUGGUCAACCUCAGCCUGCGGAGCCCGCCGAAAUUGCUGCUGCCCCUGUCAAAGUUCCCAAGGCUCGACGCAAGAAGACGAACAACAAUCUUUCACCGGCUGAUCCGAAUCGCAACAGUCAUAGCCGCUCUGGUAGUGAGGCUCGAAAAGUCGAAGUCGAUGAAGACAUGACAGACAUUCGAUCUGUGUCUGGUUCUCUCCGAGGCUCAGCCAGUCGAGACAUUACUCCCGGCACACAUUACUCAGCCAUUGUCCCUGAGAUGUCUGAACGUGAANAAGAAGAAGCUUAUGCGCGAGGAAGAGAUGUUCCGACGACAAGAGGAGGAAAGUGGUCGACAAAAAAGAAGCGUCACAGUGGUGCCACUCCUUUGCUACCCCAAAGCAGUACACUGUCAUCUUCGAAACAACAAUCUUCGGAACCUUCUUCUUCGCGUCGCGGCACUAUCUCCAAGCGGCCGUCAAAACCUGCGAAGUCGGGCAAGCAAUCUUCGGACACUCCAAAACCAGUGUACGUCGAUUCGUCCGUUCAAUGCGACAUGGACAACGACGAUCCUCCAGGGCCACCAAUGCCUACUCCACCAAAGAAGAAGCAGUAUUUGUCAGUGACGCAACGCCUGCUUCGACGGUGCGCCUCGAACAACCUCAAGCGAAAGGCCGAGAGCGAGACGCCUGACGAUACACAAACCAACGGAGUCCACCCGGACGAGGACAUGGACCUCGACGCUGAACACAGCCCUAAGAGUGUCGGUGCCGCUUCUGAAGCCACUCCACUGUCACCUGUGUCCAUCAAACACGCCGAUGUUGAUAUGACCGAGGCUGCACAAGCACGUCCUGCUUCGCUGUCACCCGCUUUUGGUCCAGUAGAUGCCGAUAUGCAGGAUAUGGACGGUGAGCCUAGCCGCGCUACACCUCCUAAUGACCAAGACCCUGUGUCGUCGUACAGCUCAGCAAGUCCUUCCACAUUAAAACCAGGCGUUCCUUCACAUCCGCCAAUGGACCCACCGCCGCCACCAUGGUCACAGAAAGAAGCACCGAGUAUUGGUGAGGUGCAUCCUGCCUCUCCAGAGUUCAAACCUACCCACCCUGAGAUGCAUAUAAGCAUGCCUCCAUCGCUGAACUCUGCAACUUCACCUCCACUUGUCACACAAUCACCUGCCACCAUGACGCCUGGUCUCUCUAGUAUACCCCUUUUUUCGCCAUCCGUCUCUGCGGCAGUGAACCCCAGCCCUGCUAGGAAGAAGUUGAGCCUAAGCGACUACACAAAACGCAACAAAGUACACCAGCCAAGAGACAUCUCUCCUGCAGCCAGUCUGACAGAUAGCGUAUCAGCCAAAGACAAGGAGAGCAUCUUAAAUGGGGUAGCUGUCACCGACUCUCCAGCAUCAGAUCAGGCAAUUGAUGCAACAGCGCCACCAUUGGGAAGUCAAGAGUCCGUAGUACCACCAGCUUGA